AUGAGUUCAGGCAUCCCACCGUGGCGUGUCACGGCGUCGGCCACAGCGACGGCUCCUUCUCACUUCUCAGCACAUGCGACCCCAGCGUAUAUCCCAGUACAGGCACGUCGUAGCUUUGCUCAUAGUUCUGCAACAGCUUCAUCUCCAGCUCCAGCUCCAUCCACAUCCGCCUCCCAAGCAGAAGCCAACCAACGCAAACGAUUAGAAUGGCCGCCAUCUGUUCGAUUGUACGUACAGCGAAGUUUUGCGCCAGAAAAUCGGAUUUCCGGAGUCAGCAGGGAAGAGAUGGAAGUCAAGUUGAAGACGGUUAUUACUGAAGCAGCAGAGAAUGAUAGACUCGGCAAGAUUGACUGGGAGACAUUGCCUCUGCCACAGGUUGUGAUUCAAAAUGAGCGAAACAAAGUUUUGGCCAACCCCCAUGUAUCAGCGUGGGGUGUUCCAGGUGCAUUUGGUUCUCAGAAGGCGGAGGAUAUAUCAAGAAAAAGAAAAUCAACUGAGUACAAGCAUGCGGACACGAACGGCUCUCCGCCAUGGAGACAGACUAACCAACAAAAUACCUUUGAAGAACGUGUGACUUAUUCUUCAACAGACAAACGACAGCGGAUAGAUCACAAAAACCCAAGUAAGUCAAAAGCUAAUCUGGAAAUGCGGAGGAAACGGUUUGAAGGACCUGGUGGGGGGUAUAGGUCGUCGCCGUCGUCACCACGGGGUGACUCGCCUGUCUCGGGUGCCCAAGGCCCUGUUGUUGGAAGAUGCCAGGACUUGGAGAAGAAUUACUUCCGCUUGACCUCGGCACCAAAUCCUGACACUGUUCGACCUCUUCCAGUCUUGCACAAGACCUUGGAUCUGUUGAAGAAAAAGUGGAAGAGGGACAACAACUAUGGCUAUAUUUGCGAUCAGUUCAAGUCGUUGCGUCAAGAUUUGACGGUUCAGCAUAUCAGGAACGACUUCACCGUCAGCGUUUAUGAGAUUCAUGCCCGUAUUGCCUUGGAGAAAGGGGAUCUUGGUGAGUAUAAUCAGUGCCAGACUCAGCUGCGAGCGUUGUAUAGCCAGCAACUUGGCGGACACCCUACCGAAUUUAAGGCGUAUCGUAUUCUCUAUUUCAUUCACACUCGGAACUGGACGGCCAUGAACGAUGCGCUGGCGGAUCUAACAGCAGCAGACAAGCGAGACCUUGCUGUUAAACAUGCCUUGGAUGUUCGUUCAGCCCUUGCUCUUGGAAACUAUCACCGGUUCUUCCAGUUGUACCUUGACACCCCGAACAUGGGGGCUUACCUGAUGGACAUGUUUGUCGACCGGGAGCGACUUUCCGCACUGGCAGCUAUUUGUAAAGCGUACAAACCGGAUGUAAAGAUUCGUUUCAUUACUGAAGAACUUGGAUUCGAGUCCGAUGAGCAGAGUGCGCGCUUUAUUCUCGACCAUACCUCGGAGGAACUCCUCCAGGAGAAAGAUGGGGCAGUGAAGCUGCUUACGGGAGGCCGGGCAGGACAACUGUUUGAGAUGGCCAAAUCCGAAGCUCAUCGGGUAGUCGACAUCAAGGGACAGAUAUAA